CCGUCUUUUGGUGUUUCGUGCUCGGUACAGCUGGUCGGGAUGUGUUGUAGGUUGGAAAAACCUUUUUAUUUUGGUGAACUUGGUUGUUGUAAACGCAGCGUUAGCAGGGUAGCUACGAUGGCACAAGCUAAUUCAGCUAGCAUAGGUGUAUUCCUGUCGUUAGCAUGAUGGAUAACUUAUUUAGAGUGAGAGUUUGGGAAAAGUUAAAUAAAUCGUAUACGUGUAUUUAAAACGGGUUGAUAUCAAGAAAACUAAAACACAUGAACUAUCCAUGUAACGUUGUCUAACAGUUUGUUACAUGAAUGGUGUGGUUUGUGGGUGGCAGCUAUAACGUUAUAACAUUACACGUUGAGUCUUAUGAGAUACCAGGCUUAACCGCCGGUUUGUUCACGAGCUAUAAAGGUACUCACGACAGGUGAGAGUACACGGAAGUGAUCGGCCAGCCCGCCGCGUCACAGACCGCAAGUUAGGAGUCGAAGUCCAGUGUGUCUUAUCAGUAUGUACUGUACCUGAGACGCCCACUCUCUGCGGACUGUGGAGCUGCACGGUGCUUUCAGCGAGUGAAUGGAGCAGUGUGCGAGUACGGCCUCCCUGCUGGCCUCGGUGCGGGAGCAGGAGAGGCAGUUUGAGAUGCUGAGCCGAGCUCUGGAGGAGGAGCGGAGGUCGUGUGCCGGCACCCUGCCCCGCCCCCUCCCCAACAUGCAGAACGGACGCAUUCCUUGUGAUGCAGACAUAGACAGGCUGACACUGAACGAGGGUUACAUCAACGGGACACAUCAUUUCAGGAUGGAGCCUGGUCAGGUGGUGCAGGAGACAUACACGGUGGAGGAAGAUCCCCAGGAGGUGCCACCUGUUGUCUCUGUGGAGACCGGUGAAGAUGGGACCACACGGCGCACAGAAACCACGGUAAAGAAAGUAGUAAAGACCACCACCACUCGCACAGUCAUCCCUUCCGUGUCAGACACACUUUCCCUGGAUGGUGGGGGUUCAGUGACAGGCAUGGGGGGCUACCCUGCACCCAUGGUCUAUAGACAGGGACCCGGAGGUGGCGUGCCCAUGGACUACCCCACUCACACUGUGCCCCGCAACUACCAAUACGGACCGCCGGUGGGUUACGAGGACUACCGAACUGGGCCCCCAUCUGAGGCCUACACAAGCCUUAGCAGGGGAGCUCGCAUGGAUGAUCGCUACAGACAGGUCCAUCAAGACGGUUACAGAACUCUGGAUCCGAGCUACAGAGCCCCCAGCAGGAACCAGCUGGACCCCUAUGCUGCUCAGCCACAGGUUGGGCGUAUGGGAAGUGCCAUGGAGCUGUCCUCCAUGACGAGGUUUGUCCCAGAGCCGUACGGUCUGGAGGAUGAUCAGCGCAGCAUGGGCUACGAUGAGUCCGACUAUGGCAUGGGACACCCGAUGCACUACAGCACCGUGCCUCGCAACCACAACGCAUUCCCCCAUGGGCCCCCACGCAGGACUGGGAGUUAUGAGGGCACCUUGGAUGGCGACAUGAGCGGCCCAGGGGACAUGUACUUUUGGGGAGGAGCGCCGCUGGCCCAGGGGGAAAGAGGUAGUAUGGCUUCAUUGGACAGCACUUUAAGGAAAGGUCCCGGUCCUGGCCCCAGUGGCUGGCGUCAACCAGAGCUGCCGGAGGUCAUCGCCAUGCUGAACUACAGGCUGGACCCGGUCAGGAGUAACGCAGCUGCAUACCUGCAGCAUCUCACCUACAAAAAUGAUAAAGUGAAAUGUGAUGUGCGUCGAAUGAAAGGCAUCCCAGCGCUGGUCUGUAUGCUUGACAACCCAAACAAAGAGGUUCACUAUGCAGCCUGCGGAGCACUAAAGAACAUCUCGUAUGGCAAAGAUCAAGACAACAAGAUCGCCAUCAAGAACUGUGACGGAGUGCCUGCACUGGUCAGGCUGCUGAGGAAGACCCGCGACCAGGACCUCACUGACACCAUCACAGGGACGCUGUGGAACCUGUCAUCUCACGACUCUGUGAAAAUGGAGAUCGUGGACCACGCGCUGCACGCCCUCUCUGACGAGGUGAUGGUGCCUCAUUCAGGCUGGGAGCGAGGGACCAACGGAGCGGGAGGAGGGGAGGAGAACUGCAAGCCCAGAUAUCUUGAGUGGGAGACCGCCCUCACCAACACAGCAGGCUGCCUGAGAAAUGUGAGUUCAGAGCGAAGUGAGGCGAGGAGGAAGCUGAGGGAGUGUACAGGAUUGGUUGAUUCGCUCAUGUACAUUGUCCAAUCCCAGAUUGACUUUAAAGAAGUUGACAAUAAGUUGAUAGAGAACAGUGUGUGUCUGCUGAGGAACUUGUCCUAUCAGGUGCAUCGUGAGAUCCCCGGCUGUGAGCGCUACCAGGAGGCCGCGCCCCUCAACCAGGGCCCCGCCCCCUCCAGUCAGAAGGGCGGCUGCUUCAGCUCCCGCAAGAGCAAAGAUGAGUGGUUUUCCAAAGGUAGAAAAGAUGAAGAUGCAGCUGCAGACAUAAUAGACAUUCCAAAGAGGACCGCACCUGCUAAAGGCUAUGAGCUGCUGUUCCAGCCGGAGGUGGUCCGCAUCUACACCUCUCUGCUGAAGGAGUCCAAGAACCCCACCGUGCUGGAAGCCUCGGCUGGAGCCGUUCAGAACCUGUGUGCCGGACGCUGGACUUAUGGCCGAUACAUCCGUGCCUUGCUGCGCCAGGAGAAGGGUCUGCCCAUGAUGACUGAGCUGCUGGCCCACGGCAACGACCGCGUGGUCCGCGCCAUGUCUGGAGCCCUCCGCAACAUGGCCAUUGACGCACGCAACAGAGAUCUACUAGGUAAACAUGCGGUGCCUCACCUGGUGGCAAACCUGCCUGGCGGCGGUCAGAGUCAGCCGGUGCGAGCGCUGUCAGAAGAGACAGUGGUGUCGGUUUUGAGCACGCUCCAUGAGGUGCUGGGCUCCAGCCUGGAAGCAGCCAAGACCCUCAGGGCCUCACAGGGAAUCGAGAGACUGGUGCUCAUUAACAAGGACGGUAAUCGUUCUGAGCGAGAGGUGCGUGGGGCCGGCCUGGUGCUGCAGACAGUGUGGGGCUACAAGGAGCUGCGGCGCACUUUGGAGAAGGACGGCUGGAAGAAGACGGACUUCAUGGUCAACCUGAACCCUCCCAGCAACAACACCAGGGCCAACGGAGGAUAUGAGGACAGCACUCUGCCGCUCAUAGACAAAGGCGGCAAAGGGGACCGGGACAUGAUUCCUAUGAAUGACAUGGGACCAGAUGCCUACUCCACACUGGACCAGAGAGGGAGAAGGAACACUCUGGAUAACACACUCGAACCUGCUGACAGAGAUGCAGUACAGGGAGGGAUGUAUGGGGAGAGGCAGGCCUCUUUGCCUCUAAUGGAUUCUUACGAUGAAAAACUGAUUGUGUGCAUCACAAGACGACAACCUCCUCCCACCUACUGCCCUUGCUGAACUGACUAUGGGGGACCACGACACUACCGAUGGAAUUAAACUCCAUCCUCUCAAAUCUUCUGUCCCCCUUUCACUCUAUUGCAGCCCCUCUUCUCUCUCUUUCCCGUUGUUACAUUCCUCCAUUGCAGCUGACAAACUAAUGAAACCACUCAGAAAUAAUUGACGUGGCUCUACGCUCCCUGUGGACAACUGGAUGAGACACUAUGACCACUUUGUGCUCUGCAAGUCCCUGAAAUCCAAAACACGCUAACCACUCAGUCAGAUACCAUGGCCACUACACUACAGCGUGCUUGGACAACACUAAUUCUCUCUUUGAUGAAAAGCAGAGACUGUGGCUUCAUCUGAGAACUUUUCUAUUUCUUAGAGGUGGGAGAGUAGACGUAGACUAAUCAAACUAAUUGGAAAGUCGGGAUCAGAACAGGACACUUAAAUAAAUGCCUAUUACAUUCUGUUUGAAUUAAUCAAGGAAACGUUUCUCUCUCUCGCCCUCUCUCGCUCGGUUAAAUACUACAAAAGAAUGUUUUCCUACCACUGAGAACCGAUGUUUAAUGAUCUAAUCAGAUAUGUGUAAAGCUUCUGCUUUGGUAGUGGUUGUUCCUCUUCUUGCUUUGCUCUGUACCACAGUAAUGUACAUGUGCCAAAUGACACUGCUGCGACUGCCAAUACCGAAUGCAAGAACUUCACACACAACUUUUACAGCAGCUACACUGAAAACUGUCAUCUGCUUUAUGUGUGCAGCUUGUGUCGGUGACAGCCCAUCAACAAGAUGCAUGGGGAUGCUGCAUUUUCUCUAUUUGAUUGUGAUCCAUAAAUAUAAAAGGGUGGUGGUAUUCCUACAGACAGAAAUAGAGACGACAAACUAUUCUUCAGACGGUAUAGUCUGUUUCUGUUAAAUGUAAGCCCCAUAACAUUGUAAUUCUUAGGAGGUAUCACAGGAUUUGUAGGGUGAAUUUACUUGUAUCUGCAGGUCUGUCAUCUUAUGAAUGUGUACAUACCAGACUGUCUCUAACAGCAUCUGUGUGGGCUAACUGGAGUGCCUCGCUCAUUCAGGAUAGGUCUGAUGGGUGUGCCCAACAUGUCGUGGGUAAACAAUCACGGUGUCUUUUUCUCAGCAGGUUACUAGUUGGGAAUACUGUAUAUGGAACUCAUCAGUUUUCUAUUCUGCAAAAUAAUAUAAUAUGUGAACUUGUACUUAUGUAAAACUGGAUUCUUGUCAAUGGAAUUGGUUGUUUUUUUUAAUAACGUAUAAAACUCUUGAGUUCUGUAUAACUUACUGCUUGUCAAACCCAUAGCCGAGCUGGCUUUAAGACUACAGAACAGUACACGGGAGGAGACACAGCAUUGUCCGCAUUUCUUAAGUACAGUACAGUGCUUGUUCUGUAGAAGAAUACUUAUUCUUAGUGCCGAGUGAGCUGUAGAUACUUACUGAGUGGAUGAUUCAAAGAAGCACUAGGGGGGUUUAAUGUGUGGUUUUUUUCUUUCUGUUACCUUUUUAAUUUGUUUUCCAUGCCGAUUGAAACACCGACAGAGGAUGAAUCUUUCUCAAAGUAACAAGUUGCCUUCGAGAAUGGACUGACUAAAAGAGGAGAGCAAGGAGUUGUGUUUGAGCAUCGCAGUGUACGGAGGCUUACACCAGAAUUUGCUAUUGGAAAAAGUGGAGAAAAAAAUAAAAGCACAUUUAAACUAUAUAUAUACACAAGAGUAUAUUUGUUAAUUUUAAUGGUUUUAUGUAUUUCUUUUUUUAUAUUGAUUUGGGUUCAAUCGUUUCUGGGUGCUCUUGGUGAAUGCAUAUGCGAUCAGUUUGUUUUGAUUGGAAACAUUCAGUCUGUAUCUAAAUUAAAUGCUAAACAAGUUAGCUGAACAAAAUCAUUCAACAUAAUCAUCAGAUACUGGAUCACUAAUGAAAACAAAUCUCAUCCUGGACUACACUUUAAUCCCUUUGCCUUGGCUCUUAAAGUUGCAUAUUCUCAUUUAUGAAUGAAUCAUGUAACUAGCAAUACAGUUUUUAAUAAAAAAGAAAAUGAUUUUUCAGA